AUGGACUUGGGUAAGGACCUCGGGGCGCCAUCGUCCAAGCCAAUUCUGGAGGAUGUUUCCCUGCCUCAACAAGAUGUUGUGCUUCUCACUCUUGUGCCCCGGGACCCCUUCGAUGAGACCAUGGAUCAAGAUGACGCGCCGAUGGAUUUGAACGCUUCUGAGGGAAAAAGGUCUUCCAUUAGCGAUGCACUUUCAAAAUCUAUGUCUACGGUCGGUUUCCGGACGAGCCAGUUUCCUGCAGGACAGCUGGCCCGUCAAUUGCGUCCUUUUGCAGAAAGGUUUCGACUCCACUGCACUCUCAAUGCGCCCACUGCUAUGAUCAAGCAUGCAGACGAAAACCCUGCCACCUACCUCAAUAAAGGGUAUACUUAUUAUCUAUCCGUUGCUGACACCAGCGCCAUGGAACUGCUUGUCCAAGAAACUAUAAAUCAGGCAUUUGUUCGCAUAUCAUUUGAGGAUAAUCAGCAGCAGCAGCAACGGCCAGGCAUUCCCUGGGACAUCUGGCAAAAAGGCAGAGGGAAUAGUGAGGCGCAACAGAGCAUUAAAAAGUUGUAG